ACGGCCUCUAGAACCUGUUCCAUCUUGACUGCACUAUUGCAAGCCAUAGCUCACCGGCAUACAUCAUGUCGCUCGCCAAACUAACCUCGCUAUCCACCCAAACUCUUUCCCUCCUUCUUGAACGCCAGCGACUGCAGUCGCUCUCACCACUCGGUGCGCAGCCAACGACGACAAACCUGCAUCUACCACAGAUAUCACGAAAUCUUAAACAGUUAAGGAAGGCUAUCUUGGAUAUGGAGGAGAAGCAUGGGCGGAGUGAGGCUGUUGUCCUUCUGAAGAGUCAGUUUGGGAGGAUGAGGGGCAUGCUGGGAGAAGACGCGGAAGUAAUGGGGAUAGAGGCUUUCCAGGAGGACGGGAAAACAGUCGGGACAUUAGGGCAGCCUGGUAGUGAGGCGUCGGGGUCACGACCAAACUCAGGUGCCUCAACACCAUCGGAAGGGACAAAGAACGGGAAGCUAUCUGAGGAGCCGAUCUACACACCGUACACAGACGACCCUGAGGCUGGUCUUGACCCUGCACUCAUGCUACAGGAGCAGAGACGAAUGAUGGACCAUCAAGACUUACAUCUCGAGAAUCUAUCACGCUCAGUGAAUCGGCAGCGCGAUAUCUCGAUACAAAUAAACGACGAGCUGGAUGUCCAUACAGGGCUGUUACAGGAACUGGAUCACGAUUUGGACCGGACGGAGAGUCGAUUGGGAGGUGCACGGCGACAGCUAGAACGCGUCGCAAAGGGUGCAAGGAACAACGGGUCGACAGUAACGAUCGCAACUCUUAUACUUGUUCUCUUGGUCCUGAUCAUCAUAUUCAAGACAUGACGAGCAUCCCGCCCUAUUCUUCGAGUGCUCUGCGUUCGCUCCUGCUCUCCAUCAUGAUACCAUGUUGUCUUCAUAUUGACCCUCUUACACCUGUCUGCUGUUUGUCUCACAUACCUUUAUCUUCGUCAACAUUGUAAAUUAUCCAUACAGAUCCGCAUUGUACUUGGGUAUCGGGAGCGCGAUUGAUAAGUACUGUCGGCCGGCGGCAGGCUUUUAUCUAAUCUCUUCCGUAUUAUCUUAUCUAAUCGCGCUGUCAGAGUCAUAUUUAUGCGACU